AUGAUUGAUUUUCAAGAAGUUUCUCAUGAACUCCAUCUUCAAGACCAUCCUUACUUUGGUCCAACUUUCUCUUGGAGCAAUAAGCAAAUUGAAAACUUCCUUUCUAUGAAACUUGAUCGUGUGCUCAUAAACCCUUUAUGGUUUGAAUUUUUUAACCAUUCAUUUGCUGAAUUCCUAGCUUCUGGAUCUUCUGACCAUUGCUUGGCUUUGGUGAAUCUGAAUAAAGAGAUAUAUCUUAACAAACCUAAGCCUUUUAAAAUUUUCAAUUGUUGGACUCUUCAUCAUAACUUCUUGAAUAUUGUCAGUCAAUCUUGGUACCCUCCUUGUCAAGGAAACCCUAUGAAGAAGCUCUUCCUUAAGCUUAAAAGACUUAAAUCCAAUCUUAAGCAACUCAACAAGGAAUCUUUCAGUGAUAUUUCUGCUAGGGUUAGGGAAAAACAUGAAGAGAUUGAAAAGCAUCAACUACUUUCUUUAAGAGGUUUAGAGCCCAUUGAAAAAGAACUCAGGUUGCAAGGGGAUUUAAAUGCUUUAGAAGAAGCUGAGGCGAUGUUCUUAAAGCAAAAAGCUAAAACUCAUUGGCUCAAAGAGGGGGACAAAAACUCUAAGUUCUUAUAUUCUGUUAUUGCUACAAAGAAUAAAAAAGACACCAUUAGAGCUAUUAUUGAUGAUCAAGGAAGGAGAUUAGACACAUUCGAAGACAUGUCCGCUGAGUUUAUUAAUUUUUUCAAAAACCUCAUUGGCUCAACCGAUUCGAAUGUCACUAAUUAUUCUGUUAGCUUACUCAAAGACCUGCUUAAUCAUAUUCCUAAAAGUGAUAACUAUCAAGGAAUUACUAAUGAAGUCACUUCCCAAGAUAUUUAUGAAGCUAUUUAUAGCCAAAGUAACGAUAAGGCCAUAGGUCCCGAUGGUUACACGUCUCUUUUCUUCAAGAAAGCUUGGCCUGUGAUUGGUGAAGAAGUGAUUGAAGCCAUUAAGUUCUUCUUCAAAGAGUCUUUUAUUUAUCCUGCUUUCAAUGCAACUUCCAUUGCCUUAGUUCCCAAAAUUCCUAACCCUAGCAAAAUUAUCUCCCCUAAUCAAUCUGUCUUUGUUAAAGGGAGAAGUAUUGUUGAUAAUAAUCUCCUUGCUCAAGAUAUUGUGAAAGGGUAUGGGAGGAAAAACAUCUCUCCUAGGUGUGUAAUCAAGAUAGAUCUUCAAAAAGCCUUUGAUUCAGUUCACUGGGGUAUUAUUCCUAUUAUCCUUAAGGCUCUUGAUCUCCCUACUUCUCUUAUAGACUGGAUUGUUUCUUGCUACUCUAAUGCUUCUUAUUCCAUUGCUUUUAAUGGAAGUCUGAUUGGAUUUUUCAAGGGUGCUAAAGGUCUUAGACAAGGUAAUCUUGAGUCUGUCUUGGGUAUCAUUACUGUCCUUAACUCUUUCUAUGAACUUUCUGGUCUUAAACUCAAUGCCCUCAAAAGUGAAAUCUUUACUGCUGGAAUUUCUGCCCAAGUUAUUGAUAAAAUUAUUUCUUAUUCGGGAUUCAAGCAUGGUCUUCUGCCUGUCAGACAUUUGGGAAUCCCUCUGGUAACAUGGAAGCUUUCUCCCAAAGACUGUCAGCCUCUCCUUGACAAAAUUUAUUCCAGACUUAACCAAUGGUCAAGGAUGAAACUUAGUUAUGCAGGUCGUAUUGAACUAGUUAAGACUGUUCUUUUCUCUGUUGCAAAUUUCUAG